CAUGGGGAGUCGAGAGAAGGCGAAUAACGCGGGCCAUAUGUUCGACGUAGUCGUGAUAGGAGGCGGCAUCUCAGGAUUGUCCGCUGCCAAACUCUUGGCUGAAUAUGAAGCUAAUGUUUUAGUCUUAGAAGCUCGAGACCGAGUUGGAGGGAGAACAUACACUGUGAGGAAUGAGCAUGUUAAUUACGUAGAUGUUGGUGGAGCUUAUGUGGGACCAACCCAGAAUAGGAUCUUACGGCUGUCUAAGGAACUGGGCUUGGAGACCUACAAAGUGAACGUCAGUGAACGCUUUGUUCAGUAUGUCAAGGGGAAAAUUUAUCCAUUUCGGGGCACCUUCCCUCCAGUGUGGAACCCGAUCGCAUAUCUGGAUUACAACAACCUAUGGCGAACAAUGGAUAACAUGGGGAAGGAGAUUCCAGCUGAAGCUCCAUGGGAUGCCCCACACGCCGAGGAGUGGGAUAAGUUGACCAUGAAAGAUCUCAUCGAUAAAAUCUGCUGGACAAAGACUGCUAGACAGUUUGCUUAUCUUUUUGUGAACAUCAACGUGACCUCCGAGCCCUAUGAAGUCUCUGCCCUGUGGUUCUUGUGGUAUGUGAAGCAGUGCGGGGGCACCACUCGAAUCUUCUCGGUUACCAACGGGGGCCAGGAACGAAAGUUUGUGGGCGGAUCCGGUCAGGUGAGCGAGCGGAUAAUGGACCUUCUUGGGGAACGAGUGAAGCUGAGCUGUCCUGUUAGCUAUGUUGACCAGUCGGGCGAAAACAUCAUCGUAGAGACAUUAAAUCAUGAAGUCUACGAGUGCAAAUACGUGAUAAGUGCCAUCCCGCCAGUUUUGACUUCCAAGAUACACUUCAGACCAGAACUUCCACCAGAAAGAAACCAGUUAAUUCAGCGUAUUCCGAUGGGGGCCGUCAUUAAGUGCAUGAUGUAUUACAAGGAAGCUUUUUGGAAGAAGAAGGAUUACUGUGGCUGCAUGAUCAUUGAAGAUGAGGAAGCUCCAAUUUCAAUAACCCUGGAUGACACCAAGCCAGAUGGAUCACUGCCUGCCAUCAUGGGGUUUAUCCUUGCCAGAAAAUCUCAUCGAUUUGCUAAACUUCAUAAAGAAAUAAGGAAGAGGAAAAUCUGUGAGCUCUAUGCCAAAGUGCUGGGAUCCCAGGAAGCUUUACAACCCGUGUACUAUGAAGAGAAGAACUGGUGUGAAGAACAGUACUCUGGCGGCUGCUACACAGCUUACUUCCCCCCUGGGAUCAUGACUCAAUAUGGAAGGGUGAUUCGCCAGCCAGUGGGCAGGAUUUACUUUGCUGGAACUGAGACAGCCACACAGUGGAGCGGGUACAUGGAAGGAGCAGUAGAGGCCGGGGAACGGGCAGCUAGAGAGAUCUUGAAUGCUCUGGGGAAGGUAGCAAAGAAAGACAUCUGGGUCCAGGAACCGGAAUCGAAGGAUGUACCAUCUGUGGAAAUCACCCACUCCUUCUGGGAGAGGAACCUGCCAUCAGUGGGAGGCCUGCUGAAGAUCAUUGGCUUUUCAACAUCAAUAACUGCCCUGUGGCUUGUGGUAUACAAAUGCAAACUGCUGAACCGACCCUGAAGCUUCUUCCUCCUGCAUUCUGCUGCCCUUUUCCCCGGCCCUAUCACAAAUAUUGGCAAAUCAAAUGCUGUUAAUUGGACCGUCUUUAAGUGCCCUAGAUGUAACCCAUCAGUUUAGUUUCCAGCAAUGUUAAAGUAAAAACAACCAACAGAAUCACCUAAUUCAUGUCAGUAAGACCAAGUUACAUCUUAUCUGUGUAGAAUAACUCGUAUUGUUGAUUGAAUAAAACCUUGUGAGCAAUAUCUUCAUUUCACGAAAUUAAAGUGCUUGUCAGAAACUAUUUCUGUGUCCCGUUUUUCUCUCUGUUAAUGCAAAAUACCUAAUGAUUUCAGAAAUAAAGCAUUAAACUUUUCUUUCUAUAGAGGUUGAGUAGGUUUAAAGGCCCAGCCUGUGAGUGUGCUUUUCCUAGUCCUUAGGAAGUGGUGAAGUGUAG